AUGCUGCAAGCUAAAUAUCAAAAAUUAAAAAAGAAAAAGAAAGCUCUUCAAGCUUUAAAAGCACCAAAACAAGAGCCUGAAAAACCAAUAUUACCAAAACGGCCAACUGAAGCCCGUGAUGCAAGAGAAAUAGCACGGAAACUUAUCAAAAGUGGUGCAAUUCAACCUAUUAAAAGCCCUCCUCCACAACCACAAAAUGCUACAUUUAAAAGACCGCGUGCAGGAAGAGAGCGAAAACUCAGUGGUUCAGCUGGUGCAACUGGGGGAGUUGCUUCCUAUCAACCAUUCAGUGCUUCCCAAGAACCACCUCCUCCAGAAGAGAAGCCAUCUCCUCGUGUCAAAUAUCUAUAUGAUUCAUUUGUCACUGCACGAGAUAAAGAGGAAAAAGGAGUUCGUAAUCAGAGUGGAGGUGAUACUUCUAAUCCUAGUGGGGGAAAAAGCUGUACAAUGCAACUAACAGGUGCAAACAUUACAGAAGAAGUGAUAAGGCGCAGAUUAACUACAUUUGAGCCAUUUACGUUUACACUAGAGGAGGAAGAAAAGGCGUUUUUGACAUUCGAAACACCUGACAUGGCGUCUCAUGCAUUAUCAGCUUUAGAAGAAUCUGAAGAGAAUUGGCGUGUGACCUUAACGCGUCGGCCGCCGUCUGGUUCUUGGGCACCAUCAACAGCACCCCGGAACGCUCAACCUGCAAAGGAUACCAAACGCACUAUUUUGACUUACGAUGAUAUAUUUGAUUAA